AAUAAAAAUAAUUACUUAUCCUUAUUCACGUUCAUAUUCAUAUGAUCGUGUAUUGUGUAGUGAUUAGUGCGAUUACUGAUUGUGUAUUCUAGUUCUAGUUGAUACAUGAAAUGAAAAACAUAUUCCUUUAAAAACAAUAUAGGUAGUUUUGAAGCUGCAUAAAUAAUAUACUUAAAAAUGUCAGCAAUUUUCAAGAAUGCAAAAAAGAAAUUAAACCAGUCAGAACUAAGGAAAUUAAUGAAUGACCACAAAAUUAAGGCAAAAGAUGUGAAGAAGAUUGAUUCACCAUUAGCAAAAUACAAUGAACAAGGCCAGUUAACAUGUUUACUAUGUAAAUGGGUAGUAAGAUCAGAAGCAGUAUGGGCAUUACAUGUUAAUUCAAAGAAACACAAGGAAAAUAUUGGUAUAGCAAAGAAAUUAAAAGAAAGGACUAAUAACUUUACUACUCCUUUAAAAAGACCAUUAACACCACCAUUGCCAGAAGUAUCAGAAAAAAAAAUUAAGGGUAUUUUAAAACAUGCAAAACCAAGUACAGUAGAAAACAGUAAUUCAGUUAAGAAUGACAAAAUUCAGUUACCUACUGACUUCUUUGAUGCACAACUUAAAAACAAACCUAGCCCAAGUGAAAUAGCUGAAGAACCCGAAAAAAUGGAAGAACCUGUAGAAAAUAAAGAUACAUUACCUGAAGGAUUUUUUGAUGAUCCAAAGUUGGAUGCGAAGGCUAGAAAUCAAGAAUAUAAGGAUCCCGUUGAAGAAGAAUGGGAAAAAUUCCUGAAAGUUAUUAAAGAAGCAGACAGUGAAAGCAAUGCAAUUAUCGCAGAAGAUCAGGAAGAGGCAACUACUGAGCGGCAGAUCGAUGAAAUUGAUGAGCAAAUUAAGAAACUCUCAAGGGUGCUUGAUUUAGAGAGAAAGAAGGAAGAGGUGGUUGCACACACGAAUGAAUCAAGGAACCAAACUUCUAGCGAUGAUAGGGAAGACGAUUUAGAAGAGGAUUUUGAAGAAUUUUUAGAUUGGAGGGAAAAGAAAUCAUUUAAAAAAUAAAUUUUGUAAAAAUAUAUUUCAGUAUUUGUUUUUUCGUUUUAUUAUAUAUAGUGCAUAUACAGAAUUAUUUGAAUUUUCCUCGAUGAGUUGAUUUC